ACGCAAGACAAAGAGCCUCAAGAAAAAACCGCCUAUAAAUGGAAAUUCAAACUGGCAAGGAUAGGGUCGUGUUGGAGCAUCGCUCGUUCGCGAGAAUCGGAUUUCUGGGAAACCCUAGCGAUGUUUACUUCGGGCGUACGAUAUCCUUUACCAUCGGCAAUUUCUGGGCCUCGGCUAAGCUCGAGCCAUCCGAUCAACUCUUGAUUAAGCCUCACCCAUUCCAUGAUCUUGUCCAUUUCGACUCCCUUGACAAUCUCGCUAAUCGAUUGCAAAAUGAAGGGUACUACGGAGGAGUAAGGUUGCUGAUGUCGAUUUGCAAAGUAUUCCGCAACUAUUGCAAAGAUAAUGGCAUACAACUUCAUGAAAAAAACUUCACUCUGUCUUAUGAUACUAAUAUCCCAAGACAGACAGGGCUUUCGGGUUCUAGUGCAAUUGUAUCGGCUGCUCUUAGCUGCCUUCUCGACUUCUACAAUGUCAGGCAUUUGAUACGAAUAGAAGUUCGACCUAACCUUAUUCUUAAUGCCGAGAAAGAACUUGGUAUCAUUGCAGGUCUUCAAGACCGUGUUGCGCAAGUCUAUGGUGGUGGCCUUGUUCACAUGGAGUUUAGUAAAGAUCAUAUGGAUAGAGUUGGAUAUGGGAUUUACACUGUAAUGGAUAUCAAUCUUCUUCCUCCUCUGCAUCUCAUCUAUGCUGAGAAUCCUAGUGACUCUGGGAAGGUACAUAGCUCGGUUCGUAGAAGGUGGUUAGAUGGUGAUGAGUUUAUAAUAUCAUCUAUGUCGGAAAUCGCAAAAUUAGCAGAAGAAGGUCGAACUGCAUUGCUAAAAAAAGAUUACUCCAAACUCAAGGACCUCAUCAACCGCAAUUUCGAUCUUCGAAGGAGUAUGUUUGGAGAUGAAUGUUUGGGAGCUAUGAACAUAGAAAUGGUGGAAGUGGCUCGUAAGAUCGGAGCAGCUGCAAAGUUCACUGGAAGCGGAGGAGCUGUGGUGGUUUUCUGCCCAGACGGGCCACCUCAGGUCAAACUUCUCGAAGAAGAAUGCCGGAAAUCUGGAUUUUUACUUGAGCCAGUCAAGCUUGUGCCUACGCUCCUCAACAAUUCUGAUCUUAAGACUUUAUCAAAGCCCUGAUUUUUAUUACAGAAGUAGAGCUCUUAUAGGCUAAGAAAAGAACUUUAGUUCUUGAAGGAUCUUGAUAUCGAUCAUCAAUGUCUGAACUUAAGCUAGUCAUCAUGUAAUAAAAGUUACUCUUCUCUUGUUUGAUUGUCCGACUAAAUUAUGAA